AUGGUGUCUCCCAAGUACUUCAUGACCCUAACUUUCAUGGCUACUUUGGUGUUUUCAGCCAUCGACAGCAGCCGAGCAGCUCGUCGUCUCCUACAAACUGCUCCACCAAACAUGCCAGGGUUGCCCUCAUUGCCCAAACUGAUGGGAAUGCCACCUCUACCUCCUUUGCCGAUGGGACCAGGAAUGCCUUCUAUUCCAAAUCUCCCACAACCAACAUUCCCUACCAUUCAACCAUCUCUCCCUAAGUUACCUCCACUUCCAAGUCUCCCCGUUAACAUCCCGGCCACGGGAGUGGUGUUUCCUCCGCUACCAACUCUACCUUCCAUCCCGACGACCUUCCCGUCGAUCCCUUUUCUCACUCCGCCCCCAGCCACCACUUCUUCACCUUGA